GUAGGAUCGAAGGUUCCGCGUCGUUUUCCGCCAUCUUUAGUUGACGGAUUCGAGGCAAGAAAGGCGAAGAGCUCCGUGCGGAGAAGAGAUAGGUGGAUUGAGCGUCGGGGCAAAAGGGAAUUUUGGUGGAUCGAGCGUAAGGUAGUGAGUCAUUCGUGUCUUGGUUCGAGCACCAUUCACGAAAUCGCCUUCGGUCGAUCCUCGCGACACGGUGUGGAUAGACUCUCCGGUAGGAGCCAUGAAUUAUCAAAUGUCUUCGAAUCAGACCAGACCAAUGUCUCACGGCAAUUAUCAGGGCCUGGGUGAUCUACCCAUGGGUUCUGCCAAGGAACAAACUUUGAUGUGGCAGCAGAACUCGUACAUGGGUGAUUCGGGAAUACAUUCUGGCGCUGUUACUCAAGCGCCUUCUCUGUCGGGCAAGGAGGACGACGAGAUGGAAGGUGAUCAGUUGAUGUUCGAUUUGGAUCAAGGAUUUGCACAGGGUGUCACACAAGAGCAAGUGGACGAAAUGAGUCAACAAUUGAAUCACACCAGAGCACAGCGUGUUCGUGCUGCCAUGUUUCCAUUGACGUUGGAGGAGGGCAUAGAGAUUCCCUCUACGCAGUUCGAUCCAGACCAGCCGACUGCUGUACAAAGAUUAGCAGAGCCAAGUCAAAUGUUGAAACACGCGGUGGUUAAUUUAAUCAAUUAUCAAGAUGACGCGGAUCUUGCGACACGUGCAAUACCAGAAUUAAUUAAAUUGUUAAACGACGAGGACCAGGUUGUCGUGUCUAAAGCGGCCAUGGUUGUUCAUCAACUGUCGAAAAAAGAAGCCUCUCGUCACGCUAUUAUGAACAGUUCGCAAAUGGUAGCCGCUUUAGUUCGUGCCAUUUCAAACAGUGACGAUCUCGAAUCGACGAAGGCGGCGGUCGGCACGUUGCACAAUUUAUCUCAUCACAGACAAGGUCUGUUGGCCAUUUUCAAAAGCGGCGGUAUACCAGCUCUGGUGAAACUUUUGAGUUCUCCGAUGGAAUCGGUCCUCUUUUACGCGAUCACGACUCUCCAUAAUUUGCUGUUGCAUCAGGACGGUUCUAAAACAGCUGUACGCCUUGCCGGAGGGCUGCAAAAGAUGGUCGCUCUCCUUCAACGAGACAACGUGAAAUUUCUGGCUAUAGUAACCGAUUGCCUGCAGAUUCUCGCGUACGGCAAUCAGGAGAGCAAACUGAUCAUACUAGCUUCUCAAGGACCGAUAGAGCUAGUACGCAUCAUGCGUUCGUACGAUUACGAGAAGCUCUUGUGGACAACGUCGAGAGCCUUGAAAGUGUUGUCCGUUUGCCUUAGUAAUAAGCCGGUGAUCGUCGAAGCUGGUGGUAUGCAAGCUCUCGCGAUGCAUCUCGGUAAUCCAAGCCAGAGACUCGUCCAGAAUUGUUUGUGGACGUUACGGAAUUUGUCGGACGCUGGCACUAAAGUCGACGGAUUAGAGGGUUUGCUGCAGAGCCUGGUACAAGUUCUCAGCUCUACCGACGUGAACGUCGUGACAUGUGCCGCUGGUAUCUUGUCCAAUCUUACUUGCAACAAUCAACGUAACAAAGUCACGGUAUGUCAAGUGGGGGGUGUCGAUGCUCUCGUACGCACCAUCAUUUACGCGGAUAGCCGAGAGGAGAUCAGCGAACCGGCGGUAUGCGCGCUUCGUCAUUUGACGUCACGUCACAUAGAGGCGGAGAUGGCACAGAAUUCUGUCCGCCUCAAUUACGGAAUUCAGGUCAUAGUGAAACUUUUACACCCACCUUCGCGUUGGCCACUCGUUAAGGCGGUAAUAGGAUUAAUUCGCAACUUGGCACUCUGUCCUGCGAAUCACGGCCCACUUCGCGACCACGGAGCGAUUCAUCAUCUGGUCAGGCUUCUGGUCCGCGCUUUUCCCGAGACACAACGGCAGCAACGAUCGUCCGUGGCAAGCACUGGAAGUCAGCAAACGUCAGGCGCAUACGUGGAUGGUGGGGUUCGAAUGGAGGAGAUCGUGGAAGGUACCGUAGGGGCGCUCCAUAUUCUCGCGAGGGAAUCGAACAACAGGGUGACCAUCAGAUCUCAGAAUGUGAUUCCGAUUUUCGUACAGUUGUUGUUCAACGAGAUCGAGAACAUUCAACGCGUCGCAGCUGGCGUACUAUGCGAACUUGCCGCUGAUAAGGAAGGUGCCGAGAUGAUCGAACAAGAAGGUGCUACUGCCCCUCUGACAGAGCUGCUUCACUCUAGGAACGAGGGUGUCGCGACUUACGCGGCAGCCGUGUUAUUCCGUAUGAGCGAAGAUAAACCACAGGAAUACAAGAAACGGCUCUCCAUGGAACUCACCAAUUCUUUGUUGCGCGAGGAUACAAACCUUUGGAAUAACGCUGAUUUUGGGAUGGGUCCAGAUUUACAGGACAUGCUUGGCCCUGAUCAAGGCUAUGAUGGUAUGUAUGGACAAGGACCUCCUAGUGUACACAGCAGCCACGGAGGCCGAGGGUAUCAACCGCAAGGUUAUGACCAGAUACCAGUAGAUUCGAUGCAAGGGUUGGAAAUAGGUGGAGGGUCGACAUAUGGCGCGAUGGACACUAUGGAUGUAGCGCACGAGGGUGACCUGAGUUUCAAUCAUUUAGAGGAGCUUCCUGCACCGCCGCAAGAUAAUAACCAGGUUGCAGCCUGGUACGACACCGAUCUCUGAAACUGUGCCAGCAUCGUAUCUCGCCAGAGAAACGGACUCGUGAGGCUCUUAUGUAAUUUCAAUACAGACUAAGUAUCGUCGUUUUAAUCUCACCCUGUAUGUAUAUCGAUCGAAAUAAUCGAAAUAAUUUUGACGAAGAACCCGUGGAACGAGAGAGACGUUCCCAGAGAAACUGAACGGUACGAACAACGGUAUAGAAGCAUACAAUACAUACAUACCAGGCAUUA